AAAGAUGAUUUUGUCGAUGCCCCGAAAAUUCGAACAUUAUUACAGGGGUAUGUAAUGUAGGAGUCUCCGAUAAAACCUUUCAACAUUGCGUUGAGCCAUUGACUCUCCCCUCUCUCUCCUCUUACUCUCUCUCUAGAGAAAAGCAGCAGCAGCACUCUCUGUCUGGUGGGUGAUUGGCGGAGUGGUCUAGAACAACAAGCACACCUCACAACUUUGGUUUUCUCACCUUCAUCUCUCUCGUGCUUGAUGAAAGAAAUGUAAUUGCGUUAAGGGGUUCGGGGCAAAGGUUUUCUCAAUUCUAAUUAUUCAAGUGGAGUUUUUGUAAUGGCCUCGACAAAUGGUGCUGGGCCUCCCUUGCAGCAUAAACAUAAUGAUGGUGGUGCUAUCCGGAAAGUAAAUGGAGAUACUAACAAGUCUACUAGCAAACCGAAAGUAAUAUCUACAGACAAGAAUAAUGCACAACUGAGUACUAAGAGUAAUGGAUCUUCCAAUUCAAUUAAUAAAGCCGAAGGGAGUUUAUCCUAUCCCAGUGUUGAACAGUUGUCCAUUCUUGACAGUUCAAUGGAGAAUGAGACUAAGGGCUCAAUAGAAUCCUCUGUUGAUCUGGAAAAGAAGAAAACUGAGCACGGAAGCGUGAAGAACAGCUCUGUCUCUGCUAAAAUUAGUGAUGGGACCAGCAGUAUUGCUAAAACCAGUGGGAGUACCAAGAUUAGUGAUCGCCUUGACUUUGUUGAUAGUGGAAAGAGCAGUAUGUGCCGUGGAAGCACAAGCUCUGAUGUGAGUGAUGAAAGCUCAUGUAGCAGUUUUAGUACUAGUAUCAGCAAGCCACAUAAGACAAACGAUUCAAGAUGGGAGGCCAUCCAAAUUAUCAGAGUGAGAGAUGGAUCUUUGGGCUUGAGCCACUUUAGAUUGCUCAAGAGGUUGGGCUGUGGGGAUAUUGGAAGUGUCUACCUUGCGGAGUUAAGUGGAACCAAGUCAUAUUUUGCGAUGAAAGUCAUGGAUAAAGCAUCACUGGCUAGUCGGAAGAAGCUUCUUCGCGCCCAGACAGAACGAGAAAUACUGCAAUCUCUGGACCAUCCCUUCCUUCCAACACUAUACUCUCAUUUUGAAACAGACAAGUUUUCGUGUCUGGUAAUGGAAUUCUGCCCUGGGGGAGAUCUGCACACACUAAGGCAGAAACAGCAAGGAAAGCAUUUUACAGAGCAAGCAGCAAAAUUUUAUGUUGCUGAGGUACUCCUCGCUUUGGAAUAUCUACACAUGCUUGGGAUUGUCUACCGUGACCUUAAGCCGGAAAAUGUCCUUGUGAGGGAAGAUGGACACAUAAUGCUCUCAGAUUUUGAUCUGUCUCUGCGUUGUACAGUCAGCCCUACUCUUGUGAAAACCUCGUCCCUCCUGGAGUCGGGGCCGCUUCGGAGAAAUACUGCUUAUUGUGCUCAGCCAGCUUGCAUUGAGCCUUCUUGUAUUCAGCCUUCCUGUGCAGUUCCAACCUCGUGCUUCUCUCCACGAUUCUUUUCUAGCAAGUCCAAGAAAGAACGGAAACCUAAAAAUGAUAUAGGUAACCAAGUGAGUCCUUUGCCUGAGCUCAUGGCUGAACCUACCAGUGCUAGGUCCAUGUCAUUUGUUGGAACACACGAAUAUUUGGCACCUGAGAUAAUUAAGGGUGAAGGUCAUGGAAGUGCUGUGGAUUGGUGGACAUUUGGAAUAUUUCUGUAUGAACUGUUGUUUGGUAGAACUCCGUUCAAAGGAUCUGGCAAUCGAGCUACAUUGUUCAAUGUUGUGGGUCAACCACUCCGUUUUCCUGAGUCACCAACUGUCAGCUUCUCUGCUAGAGACCUGAUCAGAGGUUUACUUGUCAAAGAACCACAAAACAGAUUAGCCUAUAAAAGAGGGGCUACUGAAAUUAAGCAGCAUCCUUUCUUUGAAGGUGUAAAUUGGGCCUUGAUUCGCUGUGCUACCCCGCCUGAGGUCCCACCACCUGUUGAAUUUGAGCAAAUAUCCGUCCCAGCUUCUUCAAGUGCUAAAGCAGCAGCUGUUGCUGCUCCGGAUCAGAAAAAUUCCCAGAAUUACUUGGAAUUUGAUUUCUUUUAGAAAAAUUAGUACUGGUCGCAACUAUAUUAAUUUUGUCCUCGGGCAUUGAAAACAUCAGAACUACCAGCUGGUUGUCGCUGUAAAAUUUUCAGUUCAGCAUUGUCAUGAUCCUUAAAGGGAAUGCCAACAAUUUCAGGCAUAAAGUAAGCCUUUACCCUUAUAAAAUACAAGCAGUGAAAGUAUUAUGUCUGUUGAAGGUCCCUGAUGCUUUGGAAAAGGAAUAUAAUCCCUCAAACAAGUACAUCAUUAUAUAAGAGGGAGGACAAGGCAUGGUGAUUCAUCGUGUCAAUGAAACAGGUCGCUUUGUACAUUCUUUACUGGACUUCUUAAUCUAUCGUUUGUGUUUCAUGUUUAAGUUAAUGUGAGGUACUUUGAGACAUACCCUUGUUUGUUAUGCUUCUGUAAGCAUGGAUCAUGAUCCAAGAUACAAUUGUGACAAUUGCGCAUUUUGUUUUCAAGGUCUGCUGCAAAUUUUCAUCAA